AUGCCGCCUGACGAUCGUCCCCAGAUCGUGUGUGUUCAAGAAACUCACUGGACGGAUAAGGUGGCACCCCAAUUCCCCACCGCUACGUGGGAUGUGUACACCUCCCCGACCACUGAUAACAAAUCUGCUGGGCUCCUGAUUCUCCUCAACAAGCAGACUACCCGUAACUGCAGAAUUGUCUACGCCGACCCUCAACCGGGUAGGGUGCAACACCUGAGGAUACUCCAUGACCAAUGGGCAGUCGACCUGCUGCACAUCUAUCAAAAGCCGCACAACUCUCAUCCACUCGCCCUGCAAUCUUCCAAAACCAUUCGCUUAGCUGUUUGGGAGUGCAUUGGUAAGAUCCUGGCGGCCCUACCUGCCCGCAACACGGUGAUCAUGCUUGGAGAUUUUAAUACCCAGAUCAAGCCAUGUGCUGCAGCUGGCACCAGGAUUUGUUCCGGCAACAGCUCGGGAACACAUCCACCUGACCAGGCACGGCUGCAGCAUCUUGUCGAGGACUUCUCCCUCCUACAUCUCAACUCAUGGUGCAAGGCUGCUGGCCCCACGUACCAUCACAACAAAGGUGCCAGCCUCAUUGACCAUAUUAUCAUGCGUUCUUGCCAAGCGGAUGACCGUGCUCGUCAGGCCAAACCUCUCCGCCUGGGACUAGCUGCAUGGAGGCUUGGUGGCUACCAUUUACCACUGAAGGCCAGUAUCCCGCUUCAGCGCUUCCACACUCUCAACAAACCGGUGGCACCAAAACGAGCAUGGGACCAUUGGGGCUUGAUUCAGGUUUGCCGCUCUGCUUGGGAUCCGCGAGUACAAAGUCUACGUGCUGCCGUCCAGGCAUCCCUACCUGGGGUCACUGAUCUUGGGCAACUACAUGCUACUCUGAUUCACUGUGCAUCCCAAUUUUUCCCGCCGCCCACAGGUCAGCAUCGGCUAGCACUAUGGCAGACACCACCAAUGCAGGAUGGUAUUCGAUCCAUGUGGCAGGCCUACCGAGCCUGGAAGACUGCCAAAGCUCAAGAUCGGCACAAUCCGCUUUAUGUAUCCAGGUGCUAUCAUCACUUCAAGACGGCACACAAGGCCUUUCGUCAAGCCGGGAAAGAAGCUAAGAAGCACUGGUUCCAUGGCAGGCUCCAGGAAUUACAGGCUGCCGCCUCUUCGGGUGACUCCCGCAAACUUUAUGCUGGCAUCCGCACCCUAGCUCCCAAAUCCUCCAAGCCGAAGGUUCAACUGCGAGAUUCUGGUGGUCAUCUGCAGGACCCUAAGAUCCAGCUACAACAGCUGGAAACGCACUAUCGUAAAUUAUAUGCUGCAGACGAGGAUACCAGCAUCCAGGGCCCCCAGCGGACGCCAAUUCACAUCGAGGUCACGGAGGCCGAAAUGACCCUGGCACUUUCGCAAUUGUCACCCCACAAAGCUACACCUCCAAAUCUAGCCACAAACUCUUUAUGGAGGCUGACCUCGGACAUUGUCGCGCCUCUCUUGUGCCAAUGGUGCCGGCAAUGGCCUCAUAUACCAGAGCUAUGGCGGAAUGCUUGGUUGACUCUCGUUCCUAAGAUUCCGCGACCACUCUCACCAAAGAAUCUCAGACCAAUAGGGUCACCUGAAUCCAGCGGCCGCGCAUAUGCUUCCAUACUUCAGGCGAAACUGCGCCCCUAUGCAGAGAGGUUCCUUGCGGAUCAGGCACAAUUUGCAUAUCUACCGGGUCGCAAUGCUGCCCAAGCCAUACAUCGUGUUGCUGCUCACUGCAAGUAUGUACAGGAUCGCUGCUCGAUCUCAACACCCACGGUUGUGGAUCGUCACGCACAACAACCGAAACCCUGCCCACAUUUUGCAGGUGCACAACUCUCACUGGACUUGUCCAGCGCUUUCGACCUCAUGGACUGGCGCCUGCUGGACAAGGCUUUACUUGCAUCUGCCGUUCCGGCUGAGUUAAGACACCAAAUCAUGUCCUGGCACUCCGAGAUUUCCUACGUCCUUACCCACCUUGGGCACACUGCCAAAGUGGAGGCCCAAAGAGGACUUAGACAAGGGUGUAAACUGGCUCCGUUGCUCUGGACACUUGCCCUGGCACAGAUAUAUCGUGAGCUCCUUGCAGAGGAGGACUCGCUCCUCACAGCCCCUUGGCUAGAGCAAAGCUCCACGAUUUAUGCAGAUGAUAUACAUCAAAAAGAUACCGUGCAGAACACUCGUGAGCUGGACGACAUGGUGUAUCGCUUUAGUAAGAUCCUCGAUGCUCUUGCUGCCCAUGGUAUGGUCAUCAACUCGGCCAAAUCAGCACUGUUGCUGAGACACAAGGGAAGUUUCAUCAAAGGCUGGCUGCGACGACAUCUCAUACACAAACCUGAGGGAGACCUACUACGCUUUCGUAGCCCCCUGGGAAAGGUGUAUGAAAUUCCGUUGCGUGACCAUCACACGUACUUAGGCAUUCGCAUCUCAUAUCAUUCCCAGGCCAAACAAGCAGUCACCUAUCGGCUACAGGCUGCGAACCAGGCAUGGCAAAGACUUCGUGGUGUAUUGUGCUCUACCAGGCACCUUGCUCAGACACAUCGUCUUAGUCUAUGGAAAUCCACAGUGCUUCCCACGCUGCUCUACGGCAUCGCGGCAUCCAACCCAGGUGCCAAGGAUAUCCAGCGUAUGCAGCACAUGAUGACCAAGCGGGUCCGAGCCAUCACCCGAUCUUUUGCACAUCUUCAGAAAGAAUCCACACACGACCUCCUGCAUAGAUGCUCUCUGUUCACCAUCUUGGAGCAUCUCCAGAGGGAAGCCGCCGCCUUGCAUCGCAGCCUGACUGGCCUGAGUACCCAAACGAGCUUCGUGACCCAAGCCCAGGUGGAAACAGCUCGAGACACAGCUGCUCUGCUACGCUUCACCUACAGGUGCAACGCCAAUGGCAGGUACCUCUCGGUGACAAAGAGGGCAUCACUGAACCUGCUGUACACCAGUGCCAGGAAUGUCAUCGGGUCUUCACCUCCUUUCGGCUACUACGUUCUCACGAGGCUAAAUGGCAUGGACUCAAGACACCUGCUGCUGUCCCAGUGCCUUUUGAUAGGUAUGCACAUGGAACAGAAGGACUUCCAACGUGCAGACAUUGUGCCCAUCCCUUCCGACAAUGGGACGGACUUGUCAAACACAUCAAACGCAAUCGGUGCCAGGUACUCCGUAGACUUGCCACAAAAUCUCCUGCUGAUGCCCAACCCUUGGCUCCGAGAUCAAGUGAACCCGAUCCUUUACCAGUCCUUGCAUCGGUGGACUGACCUCCUUGAGAAGCCGGAGAUCCAAUCGUAUCUCCAGCACCACUGCCCGCUGUGUUACCAGUGGCUAGCCACUCCUACCAGCAUCAAGUAUCAUCUCACCAUGCAACAUCCAGAGUGGAAAGACUGCCAACCUCAGCGCAUCAUGACGCUCACCGCGGAUCCCAUGGAGCUGGACGAACAGGAGAGGCAAUUUUGGGCCCAGGCUGGUCCGGAUCCAGAAUGGAUGGAGUACAGGAUGAACCGACUGUCUCAGCUGGUCCUUCGUCAGGAGCAAAUCAUCUCAGCCAUCCGUCAGGAUCUGGUCCUCUACCUCUUUGUACGAUCUGGACCAGAAGGGAUGGUGCCAGUUCUAUGCGAAGCAGCGGAGAAGUGGAGGAAGAUGAAAGAGGAAGAACCCGAGAAGAUCACUUACUCCCUCAAACUCAUGCUCUUCAAGCAACUGCUCAUCACCUUACAUCAGAGGUUGACCAACAUGAUCGCGGACGAGGAUGCUCUCGCCAAAGCCAAGAACCUGAACUGGAUCGACGAUCAGAAACAUUGGAAACAUCUCACAUGGAAUCCCUCCAAACAAUGUCUGGAAGUAGACAACUCAGUGAGGCCAAUACCGGCGGAGGAUCUGUUGGCCCAACUGGUUCAGAUGAGGAAGGCUGUUACGGAGGAGACCCUGGUGAGGUUCAAGUCCAUGCGGAAGCUCACCACGGAGGUGACCUCCGACUGGAUCCAAUUCCAGAUCUGCUUGUCACUUCGCCCAGAGGGGGGAGCCAUGUGGAGUACGCUGAACCAGUGGAUCGGUCAAGCAUCGUGGCACACACUGGGAUGCAGGCUCCGUCGCGAUCGACCGAACUACGACACCCUGGUCCAGGAAGCCGUUCUUCGAUUGAUCUUCCACAAUCCAUCGAAUUUGUGCUACCUACACUCUACCAUCUAUGCCCUUCUGUGGACAAUCCUUCAGGCCAGGCUACACGAUGCCUAUAUCUCGCCUCCACCGCAGGCUCUUACCAUGCUGUGUCCACCAAUCACUGAUUCGCCCAAUUGUCCCAUUCAGGUGCUCCAUUCGGUACCGUGGCUUAUGCUGCUGCAAGCUUGGCCUUCUGUAAACCGUCAGCAUGAUGCAGCUGAGCUGAUACAAUACCUCUUACCCAGGUUUUCGCAUAGUGGGUUCAAUGGUGGCUGGGAGGCCAGAAACUUUGCACCUGGAGGUAUUGCCACUCUUGAUACGGGGCCUACCCAAGCUCCAAUAGCGAUUGUGCUACCGGCAGGUCCAAGCUUGGAGCUUCAGGCAGCCAUUGAUGGGUGGAGUGCUCAGGUCACAGCCCGUUAUGCACUGCUGACCCCGUCUCCCAUGCUCUGCAUACAACUUCAGCGAUUCACGAAUGCCGAGGGAGUCAUGCGCAGGGACACCAGACCACUGGCUAUGGCCUCGACUACAGUUCGUAUGCCACUCUUUGCAGGGCUGCACACUAUGCAAGUUCGCUAUGUUCACUACCAGGUCGUCGCUGUACAGCUUCACUACGGGGCCACUCCUGAUAUGGGGCAUUACAGAACUAUCCUACGAGGACAGCCGCUGUUUGGUGCAGAAAAAUGGUGGAUCACUGAUGACUCCUGCACAGCAAAGUCAAUUGGCACAGAACAUGAUGGCAACAUAUAUAUAGUGUGGCUACGUCAGGUACUUCCUCCUGGUGCCUGA